CAUCAGGAUGCCGGUCUCGCCGGCACCACAGAAACCGAGAAGGAGAAGAUCGACUCGCCUGCUCCAGUCGCGGACUACGAUUUCCAAACCGACGGCUUGACUGAUGACGAGCGUGAUCGUGUCAAUGCAUGGCGUGCCAUGCGCAUGACCUCCUGGGCUGGCGCGUUCUAUCUCUGCACGACAGAUAUCUUGGGUCCUUUCAACGCUCCGUAUGCGUUCCGUGUGAAUGGUUAUGUUCCCGGAGUACUGCUCUAUUUCUUCAUGGGUGCCCUAGCCUUCUAUGGCGGUGGUAUGCUAUGGUUCCUCUACGUAAAGUUCGACUCUGCACGAUUCCCCGUAAAGAGCUACGCCGAUAUCGCUGAACGCGUCGCGGGUCCGUAUUUCCGGUCGUUUGUGACGUUCCUCGUGUUUGUGCACAUGAUCGUCAACGUCGGCAACACCUGCCUUGGUAAUGCCCAAGCUCUUGUCCAGAUGGCCAAAGGCAACCUCUGUUUCAUUGUCGCCGUCGUGAUUUGGAUCAUCGUCGGCUUCGUCAUUGGUCAGAUCCGGACGUUGAAGGCGUAUGGUUGGCUAGCGAAUCUUGCUGUCUGGCUCAACUACCUCCUUAUUUUCCUGUCCAUGGGAUUCAUCGCUCACUCGGACCCGAACUACGCUUCCGCCAAAGCUGCAUAUGGCAUUGAAGCCGGUCCCGUAGUCAAGGAUGUCUUUGCGACGUACCCCAUCUAUGAACGUGUGAACGGUGUCAUGAACAUCGUCUACGCUUAUGGUGGUGCUACCAUCUUCCCUCAGAUCAUCUCGGAGAUGAGGCGUCCGAUGGACUUCCUCAAGGCUAUGUCUAUUGCGCAGGUUGUCAUCAUGACUGCCUACAUGAUGUACGGGCUGUAUGUCUACUCGUUCCAAGGCCAGUACACCCUGCCUCUGGCGUAUCAAGGUGUCGCCAACUAUCCUCUGCAGACCGUCGCGAACGUCUUCUCCCUCAUCUCUGGCAUCAUCGCCGGCGGUCUCUACGGAAACAUUGGUCUGAAGGUCGCAUAUGUCAACAUCGUUGAAGAUAUGCUGCACGGUCCGCCCCUGAUCUCGCGCAAAGGCCGCAUCACCUGGACCAUCUCCGUCUUCGUCUUCUGGGGCGUAGCGUUCAUCAUCGGCACCGCUAUCCCGCAAAUCCAGAACCUAUCCGGCAUGGUAGGCGCGACGACCAACGUGCAUUUCACUUACUCCUUCCCUACCGGCUUCUACUUUAUUUACAGCGUGAUGUCCGCUGCUGCCGUUGCAGAUCCCGCGUACGUGCCGGGACAGGCACAUCAGCGCGUUGACAGCUGGGGCCAGUGGAGCAGGUGGAAAAGGGGCCUCUUCUCAGGCUCGAAGAGGGAGGUGCUAUUCCGGUGGUUCAACUUUACGCUGUGUCUGGCUGCGCUCGCGCUUGGCGGGAUCGGGAUUUAUGGAAGCGCGGAGAGUAUUAGGGCGAGCUUCAAGGCUGGGUCUCCGACGUCCUUCUCCUGCGCUGCGCCGGUCUGAGCGUGUCACGAAUGGUUCAAGAAUGAUGUGUGGUUG